AUGAUCAUCACGUGCGACUGUCAACGCAAGAAGGAAGAAGUGCGCUGCAAUGCUCGCGCUGGCGUUCCCAUACCUUCCGGUCGACAGACAUCGCUCAAAUGCGAUGACGAGUGUGCACGACUAGCCCGCAACAAGGUCCUCGCCGAAGCUCUUCGCAUCCCUGAUGGCCACACAGACGAUCACGUGCCGUACUCAACGGAGACUCUGAAGAUGUAUCUCGAGGACGUACCUUGGGCACACAAGCAGGAGGAGAUCUUUCGUCUAUUCGCUGCAGAUGACGAGGAGAAGCGAUUCCGCUUCGACCCAAUGAAGAGUCGUCAGCGCCAGUUCCUACACAGCUUGGCAGAAGACUUCGGCUUCGAUACGGAGUCCGUCGAUCCGGAGCCACACCGCCACAUCGUCCUCUUCAAAACGCCUCGCUUCGUCUCGGCUCCUAUGAAGACCCUUGCUCAGAGCGCGAGGAUCCGACGAGCGCAACUCAAUGUGGCUGCUCCUGUUGCUGCAGUCGUCAAAGAGCCCGAGUACAACGGCUUCAUCUUGCGUGGUCUCAAGUUCGCUCUUACUGAGGAUGAGAUCUCACCUGUCAUCAAGAAGGCAAUGCCUGCUUCGACCAUGGAUGUCUACUUCCUUGCCGAUGAGGUUGCGUUGAUUCCGCGCGGCAAAAUUGACCUCAACGCUAUCCAGCCCACCCUCUCGGCAGCAAUCAUCAGCGCCGAUCUUGCUUCAAGCGUGCUCCGUUCUCAGCUGAACAUGUCAGGCCCAGAACCGAAAGUCUUGGCUGUGCAGACCAAGUCUACUCCGGCCUCAAAUGGAGGAUGGUCGCAAGUUGCGGCAGGGAUGAAGCGUACUACGCUCGUGCCAGCGGCACCUGUGGGGCAGAAAUCGGUGUUCACGGUAUUGGGGACUAAGACUGCCGAGAGGAAGCGGGAGAAAGAGGCAAACGAGAAGAUGUUGAGGAAGGUUAGGAAGGAGGAAGAGGUGGUUGUUGACGAUUGGGAGGCAGAGGUGGACAACGAGAAGGCUGACGAGCCUGAGCCCGAGUCUAGUGCGGUCACCAUGGAGCAGUGA